CGCCCUCACGCGCGCUUCAGAACAUGUCGCGCGCUCAGCCAGGCCGGUCGUGCAAAGUGCUGCGCUGCUCACGCUGAACGACACCAGCAACUGGCUCUUUGCCGUGUGUGUGCGUGCGCUCGCAGAAGACUAUUAACGAAUACGCACCUCGGUACGCGGUCAUCGACACGAGCAGCGACUCAUGAGGAAGGACUCGUCGAGGCGGCUGUUAGCCGUCGUGCUAGUGUCUUCGUAACUCGGCCCUGCGCUUGUCCGUUGUUUGUUUGCCGUGCUGCUGCGGAAACAGACAGAGUUCGUUCGACGGGCAGCCGAGGGAGAGACUUUGCUUGUUUUCCGGGAGUGCGACGUAUUGUUAUUUGUUGUUUGUUGUUUUCCUUUUAUUUUCUUAGUUCUUUUCGUUAACAUACUGCUAGAGAGUUUUACGGACAAAAAAUGAUGUACUCGCCGGAUAAGAUGAUGAGUAGCAAGGGGUUGCACGGCACGCCGAUUUCGGCGCCUGGAUGCUUCCCAUCGGGUAGGCCGUAUUCGCCACCAUCGUACAGACCGGCGCCCGAUCCUAUGGCGCCACCACCGAGACGUUGUAUGCCUAAUCCGACGAGCCGAAUACUGGAAGAUGCGUCCAUCAUGUGCAACUCCUGGUCGCCAAGGCACAACGGUGAUAUAUUCGGUGGGCUGAACAGUGGUUUACAGGACGGUCUACUGUCGAGGGCGGAAGCUCUUGCGGCAGAUCUGGGUAAGCACAACGGUGGCACGCCGAUGCCCUUGAAGCACGAUCCUGUCUCGGUAUAUCAUCAUGGUGCACACAUGCCAACACCCCAUCCGAACAAUCGGCCGCAUCACCAGGUACAGACACACCUAUUUAUGAGUCAUCCAGGCAUGGAAUCCCUGGACAUGCUGGACCCAGCGAAUUCGAUGACGACGCUGACACCCAUGUCGGAAGGGGGCGGUAAUGGUCAGAACGGUGGUGGCGGUAAUCCCGGAGGCCAUGGCCACACUGGCAUCCACGGGCCGUCGGUCUACGGCGGCAUGAACGGCAUGAUGGGUCACCAUCACCACAGUCAGAUCACAGCUGGAGUACCCCACCCGCAUCACCAUCCGGCGAUGGCGGCCGCGGCAGCCGCAGCCGCCGCUGCCGGCCUGCAUCCCGACGCCGACACGGAUCCGCGCGAGCUUGAGGCAUUCGCUGAGAGGUUCAAGCAGAGGCGAAUCAAGCUGGGCGUGACACAGGCCGACGUGGGCAAAGCUCUGGCGAACUUGAAGCUGCCUGGCGUCGGAGCGUUGUCGCAGUCGACGAUCUGUCGCUUCGAGUCGCUUACGCUGUCGCACAACAACAUGAUCGCGCUGAAGCCUAUCCUGCAGGCGUGGCUGGAGGAGGCCGAGGCGCAAGCGAAGAACAAGAGGCGCGAUCCCGACGCGCCGUCGGUGCUGCCGGCCGGCGAGAAGAAGCGCAAGCGCACGAGCAUCGCGGCGCCAGAGAAGCGCUCUCUCGAGGCCUACUUCGCCGUGCAGCCGAGGCCAUCGGGCGAAAAGAUCGCGGCGAUCGCCGAGAAGCUAGACCUAAAGAAAAACGUGGUGAGGGUGUGGUUCUGUAAUCAGCGUCAGAAGCAGAAGCGCAUGAAGUUCGCCGCUCAGCAUUGACCCGAGGCCGGCUUGUGACAGCAGAAUUGACUUUACCAGCCGGCAGGUCUCGAGCCCAAGCCCGAGCCACUCGGAGAGUAUCAAGGCUGGCCCUAGACGAUACUCAUUAUGUUUACGCGCUCCGAGUGGCCUGCUGUGCUCGAGACACCCCGCCGGCUGAUUGCAGACGAAAAGUCGUUGCUGUGUCACAGGCCGAUGAUCUUUGGCUCCUUGUGUCAUGACUCCCAUCCUCGUGUCCUCUCGUUGUCGCGCGACUCGCGCGUGGUCCCCGGCAACUUCGUCGGCCUCGAGCGCCGACUACGUGCCAUUGCAUCGAAGCGUAGGAGAGGAGGAGACGAAAUCGAUUCCCAGCGAGCGCAGAAAAUAAAUCCGCCGCGACUCUAGCUCGCCCCGUGUGCCGCCGGUGAAGAUCGAUCGCUUGCGAUUUUAUAUAUAAAUAGAGCAAGAGAUACGCCACCGCAACGCGAAGGACGCGACUAUCGAUCGGCCGCUCAUCCCCCUUGUACACACGCCGGAUUUCUUCGCAAUUAAAAACCACGUGCGAGCCGCAAAUCAACGACAACUGCACCAAAGGGACAGCUAAAUAUUUAAAAUGAUGAAUAAAACCAUUUGGAAAGUACAACUUGAAACAUAAAACUUAUGUAAGCUGUAAAACCGUAAAACACUAUAUUGUUAUUCUUCGGCGCGGGUAAGAGUGUCUAAGUGCGUGACGACGACCACCGCUCUUCACCGCGAGAAAGUGAUAUUAAUCCUAAAUGACGUAUAUAUCGUGUAAUACACAAUCCUUUCUUUUUGUUUCUGUGCGCGAUUGCAAUAUAUAUAUAUAUAUAUAUAUAUAUACACCCAGGAAAGAGAGGAAGGAAGGGUAUGUUGCUGUAAUCACAACGAAUAUUCACACGCAUACACAAUUUACACAGACGCACGCGAAGUGAAGAAAAAGAGAGACAAAGAGAGUUUCACGCAGCACCUGAGUAUUAGUGAUAUCGGACAAUCAGUGAACAAGACUGUGUAUCAUAUCGUAAAAAACUCCGAAGCAAUACUAUUUAAACGUGCGUCGCUUUUACAAACAGUGGCGUAAAAAAUACACAAGGGAAAAUACCUGUAAUAAAAAGCCCUUUUGUCAAAAAAGAUAUCCCGUCGCGGGAGAAGACUCUGUCAAAGACAAGAUUUUUUCGAAAGAAAAUCUCGAUUAUUAUUAUUAUUAUUAUUAUUAUUAUUAUUAUUAUUAUUAUUAUUAUUAUUAUUAUUAUUAUUACUCACCAGAAAUUUUUACAAUAAUUAUUUAUUUAUUUGUUUGUUUGUUUAUUUGUUUAUUUAUAUACAUGUAUAUUACGCAUUUGGUGAAACGCUGUUUUCUUUGCGGCGACAAUUUUGAAUAAGCAAUUCGCAAAAGAACGGGAGACGAUGAAACGUAGGCCAUUUAUAAAAGGAAACGGUUGUACAUAAUGUAGAGAAGUAAGUAUUUUCUAAGGGGUGGACGGCUAAAACAUUUUAUCUUUAUUUUAGUCGUGAGCGUCCGUCGUGUAAAUUUAGGUAGCCAAGGAUGUGUAUGUAUCUGCGUGUACAUGCUGUCAAAGUGAAACCAAAAAAUCUUAUACAAUUAUUAGUGCAAUAUAGUGGUUAGAAGACAUUAACUAUUAUUUUCUCGGCGCUUGCAUCAACUGAAACUAAAGACGGAUCUCAAAGCUAUACAAAGCUUAUUUUUCAUUUGUUUUUAUCUUUUUCAGAGUGGCGGUAUAAACGAAAAAAAAAAUUUAUUAUUGACAAAUUACAUGCUUGUUGAAACAUUGCGCAUUGUUCGAAUUUUAUAAAAAAAUGAUAUCCUAUUAUGUAGACUUCUAGAUAACGAUCCGAGUGUAUAAAAAAAAUAAAGUUGAAGGAUUGAAUCCAACAAGAAGAUCAAUUGUUUUUUAAAUUUUGUUUCAAAACCGUGAUCCACCAUAGUAGAAUUAUAGUACCGCGAUUCUAAAAAAUGGAAAAGAAUGUUUUUGAUGUUUUACUUGCUAAAUUCUGGAUUACUCAGAAAUAAUAAUAUUCUUCUCCAAAAGGGUUACUGGAUGACGAGUUGAUUCUGCAAGUAUUUAACACAGGGUAUAACAAGUCAUUAUCACCAUAAUGCUUCUAAUAGUACCUUCAUUAUUACAUACGUGUGUAAGCAGCCUUAAAAUGUACAGUUCGACGCAAAAAAAAGUAAUUCAAGUCAAUCUGCUUUUUUUAAUACUUGUUUUCAAACUUAUCGGAAAUAUUAAAAGUUUAAAAAUUAAGCUUAACCAAUUUUUGCGCUGAUUACGGUGCUAAUUAUUUGUAUACCUUCUUCAAAUUCUUAAAAAAUUGCGCUGAAUCAAGAAAAAAGUCUAUUUUUAAAGAAUAACACUUUUGAUGUCAUUAUAGAUAAUCUAAAUUAUCAUUCUUUCUAAAAAAAAAUAUAUAUAUGCGAACAAUGGAAAAAAACUCAAUUUCUAGUCAAUGAAAGAUUAAAAGGAAACCUACGAGUAUUAAGCGUCGAAUUUAUAAAGAAACACUUUAGAGGACCUGUGUACAAAGUCUCACGAGAUAAAAAAAAGUAAUUAAAUAUUCUACAGACCUGUAUCUAAAUGUAAGUUAUAAGUCUCAAGCGUUUUAUUCCGAAGAUAAAAAAAAGUUUAUAAUGAGAGAAAAGCCAAAAUGAAUUGUUAAGCGUUACGGGUCUUACUCGUAAAUCCAUUAGGGGCACAUUUUUGUUCUUUGUUUUUUCUUAUGCCAUCUUCCUCCUCCAAAAGACGAUCUUAACAUAUUAUUGUGCAACUGCAAUUAUUAGUUAAACAAGUCUACAAAUACGAUAAAGGAGACCAAAUUAUCUUAAAACUGUAAUAUCCGUUCUCUCGCCGGCAAAACAUCCUAAGAAAAUGGUGAAGACCGCAGAUAAGUUUUUUCAAAUUAUAAUUGUAAAUAUAAAGGUUAUUUUGAAUAUAACUAACGUAUCUCAACAAACUUUUUACUAUAAUCCCUAGAUAGAGGACAAAAUAUUCAGAAUAACACUUAUAAACGCUUCAGAUGACGACCGAGCACAAAUAGUAAAAAAAAUUUAAGAUUUUGAGUGAAUCAAUUUUUAUUGGCAUAUAGAAAAAUUGGUUUGAGUUUUCGGAAACUAAGAGUUUUUCAGUGGAAAAAUAAAUAAAUAUAAAUAAUACCACAAUUGUAAAAGGUGCGUUGCGAUUAGCGAGUAAGAUUCCACUUUUCAAGCGAUAUAUAAAAAAGGAGUGUAAUUGAAAGACAUAUCAUAAAAAAAAUAUUAGUUGAAUUGCCUGACAAGCGUAGAAAUUUAAAUAUAAAUAUUAUACAUAUUACUUGCGGAAACAAUGGUGAUGCGAGGGGGCAUGUGCACGUAAUCUUGAGAUGAAAUUUCAAGGUAAAAACUUUCAAAUAAGAAAACGCAAUUUUUUCAUCUUAUAUAGUAUUUAAAAAUUUCUAAACAUUGAUCAUUCUUAUUAUUGUCUCAUUAUUUCUGGCUCAUAGAUUUUUUCAUAUUUUAAAAUGAACAAAGAAGCAAUUUUUAUCUCGAUUUUACGUGUCGAUCACAUGAAUAAAUAAAAAAAUAUAUAUGAAUAGGCGAACGAUCGAGCAACGAAAAGGCUCAUCCAUUAUUGUACAUAUCAUGUGCCAUAACUCAUUUUCCAUACUUCAUGUCCAACUUUGUUCCAAUUACCUACUCAGCUAUAAAUAAUAUAAUA